GACACUUCCGCCUCCGUUGUUACAAAACACAGCUGCUGAAGUGAGAGUAGUUAAAAAUAAAAAAAAAAAGCGCGCGCGACAUGACAUGAAGUCAGUGUAGAGGGUUUAUUACCGCAGGAACUGGAAAGGAAAGAAACUCGAGGAGAUUUUUAUGACUUUUUUUUUUUUUUUUUUUGACUUGCUUGAUUUUUUUUUGUUCAAAAUAUAGUUAGUUUGUUUAUUCUACAUUUAAAAUAAACUUUUUUUGCGCAGAAUUUAUAUUUUUUAUGUAUUUAUUUAUUUAUUUACUUACUUACUUACUUAGGCUACUUAUUUAGUAGUUUAGUAGUUGUUGUAUCUUUUGGGAUUUUUUUAAAAAUAAAUUUUUACAUUUAUAAAUCAAUAAAUAAAACGUUAGGCUUGUUCGUUAAUUGAUUUUUUUGUUUGUUUAAAUAAAUAAUAAUAAUAAUAAUAAUAAUAAUAAUAAUAAUAAUAAUAUAAUGGGAGUUAUCGGAGAGCCAGUAGAGAUCUCAAGCGAAGAGCUCGUGCAGAUGCUCGUGACCCCGGAGAGCAGAGGCGCGCUACUGCUCCUGGACUGCCGGCCGUUCCUCGCCUUCUCGCGCGCGCACAUCUGCCGCGCGCAGAACGCCGCGUGGAACUCGCUGCUGCGGCGCAGGUGCAGCAGGGGGGCCACGGAGUCCGGCGCGCGCCUCGACUGCCUGCUGGCCGACCGGUCCCUGCUGGCGCGCGUGCGGAGCGGCGACUUCCGCCACAUCGUGGUGCUGGACGACAAGAGCCGCGCGGCCGCCGAGCUCGAGAGCGAGAGCCUGACGGGGCUGCUGCUGUGCGCGCUCCAGAGAGAGGUGCACGCGGGCACGGCGCGGAUCUGCUUCCUGCAAGGAGGAUUUGAUGGAUUUGUAGCGCUCUACCCUGAGCUGUGUAUCAGUGCACCAGGUGUUUGUGGGAAUCAGACGACGCUGAGCGACUCGGAGCCGCGAGUCUCCGGCAGAACGACGCCUCUGUAUGACCAGGGCGGUCCUGUAGAGAUCUUGCCCUUUCUGUUCCUGGGCAGCGCGCGUCACUCGUCUCAGAGGGAUCUGCUGCAGCGCUGCGGCAUCACGGCCGUCCUCAACGUCUCCUCGUCCUGCCCGAACCUGUUUGAGAACGAACUGAGCUACAUGACCCUGAGGGUAGAGGACAGCAUGGCAGCGGACAUCCGGGUGCUCUUCCCACAGGCCAUCCACUUCAUCGAUUCCGUCAAGGAAAGUGGCGGUCGAGUUCUGGUCCACUGCCAGGCCGGCAUCUCUCGCUCCGCCACCAUCUGCUUGGCGUAUCUGAUCCACGCCCGCCGCGUGCGCCUGAACGAGGCCUUCGAUUUCGUGAAGCGUCGACGACAAGUGAUCUCCCCAAACCUGUCCUUCAUGGGCCAGCUGCUGCAGUUCGAGACGGACGUCCUGUGUCCUUACACGGUUCUGGACUCGGAGAACGGCGCCACCGCGUUUCAGUACCUCUGCUCAGACAACACUGAUCUAUCAUGACCUUUCUUGUGCUCCGAAGAGACCGUACGAGGGCUGCGACUCGUGACUCUCCAUACUGUGACAUUUUUUCGGUCUUCAGUCCAUCAAACACAUUCACUCCCAUAUGGGAUUCUCUCGAAUCCACACUUUGAGCCAAAACGAUGUGUAUUUAUUUAGUCUACAUGCUAAAGUGCACUAAGCGACUACCCGCACUAGACUCUGCACCGUUUUAUUCCGUGCAUUUUUUUAAUAUAUAUAUAUAAAAGCAGGAAAAUCCAUCUGAGAGCAUUGGGUCAUUAUCGUAUCCACAAGGACCCGACAACCAUCGAACUAAUCAGCACAUAAUACUAAUGCAUAUGAGGAUGAAGAAAACCCUGAGAUACGUUGGUGAGCAGAAAUUCGUGACAUCCAGCCGAGGGUUGAGCGAUAUGGCGAUUAUAUUACUACGAUACACAAUUCUAUAUCAUUUAUUAGGAUAUUUUAGUUUCGCUAACAAACCAGUCUGAAGAAAUGUUUAUUCCUAAACAUCAUCCAUGAAAAUCAUACCCAAAUUCUCGUUACAAAAGCGUUUCUCACGAUUGACCGCAGUCGCCAUAUUGCUUAAUUGAUCACAUUACGUUGCCACAUUGCUCAACCCUCAACUCAACGACAUACAUCCAGCGUAACAAUCAGAGAAACAUCUAGCACACCGUCUUGCGACAAAAUGAGAAAUUUCAUUAAUGAUCUCACGGUCAUGCGGAACAAAAUCGUCGCCAUGUAGCUACACGAGGUAACGGAGCAGUCCCGAACCGAACAGCGCUGUCUUUAUACGGUUCUGGUUUUGAACUUUAACACUUUAAAACUAGCUGACGUUAGUUGUUCACUGAGCUGCUACGUUCCCUGCACGAUCCCUUCAUUGUGGCCUGAUUAGUGAUUACGCACACUGACUACAGAUCGAUCGUAGUUGUUGCCGAAGGAGGAGGAGCUGCACAAAUCUGCACAUCUCCUUCAUCCUUCAGCCAAAGACGUUAAGAUCCCUUUGCAAUACGCUCCUACAGACCGUCCAAUACUGACUUAUAUUGCAUCAGUCACUGAGAUCGGACCGCGUUUGGUUUAUCAGCAGAUGAAUCCAACUCAGGGAGUGACCUAAAAAGCUGUGAUCCCAGAUUUCAAACUGGAGUGUAGAGGAACAUUCUUACCGUGUGUCCUAUAAAACAUUCAUACUGUGAUAUUUUGAAAUGUUCCAUGUUUUGUCUAUUUAAACGUUACUGAUUUAGAAGGGUCAUGAAGAAACUAAGACAUAUAUAUAUAUAUAUAUAUAUAUAUAUAUAAGUAUGUAUAUUUUCGCCCCAUGCUGUAAAUAUUGUCGAGUUCUUAAACACUGCACUUUAUUUGUAAAUAAUUUAUUUGUUUUGAUUUUUGUUCAUAUUGGUGACUAUGUAGCGUAUAAGCUGCCGUAUCCAGGUGUCCAUUAAAAGACUUUGUUAAAUUACAAAU